AUGGCAACGACCGCGCACCAAUCCUCCUCCUCCUCCAACAACUCCAACAUGGAGAAAUUUCUCCGCUCCUGGCGUCAGGACGCCAUGAACAAAGCCCAGUACGAUUCCGCGAUUUUUAUUGGGGACAAAUUACUAGCCAUGACGAAAGACGACAACGACGCCUUCUUCCUCGCCCAAGUGCACUUCGCAGCCGGCAACCACACCCGCGCCCACUCUUUACUUUCCCGGCACAGCCUUAUCAAUCGCAACCCCGCCUGCCGCUACCUGGCCGCGCACUGUCUCAUCAAGCAGGGCUUGUACUCUGAAGCGUUGAGCCUGUUGGGUGAGCACAGCCCGCGGCAUUUAUUUUCCCGCACAGGGGAGGAGGAGGGACCAAGGCGGAAGACGAGCCGGACAACGGGGAAUAAUACUACGACAAAAGCUGGGGGGGAUGGGAAAGUAAAGUCGAGAUUGCGGAUCCAUGAUGGGCAGCAAGAAGUAGAAGAAGAUGAAGGGCGGACAACACGAAAAUACGAAGCGGCCAUGUGUCACCUCCGCGGGUUAUGUUUUGCAAAACAAAACGCCUUUGACCGUGCAAAGGAGGCUUACAAGGAUGCGCUGAGGAUUGAUGUGCAGUGCUAUGAGGCGUUUAGUCAGCUGGUGAAGAAUAACCUCAUGUCUCCCGAUGAGGAGGAUGAGUUUAUGAGCUUGUUGGAUUUUGGGUCUGUCGGCUCGGAGAGGGGGGAGGAAGAGCCGGGUGAUUACACGCACAUGCUCUACCAGACGCAGCUGUCCAAGUAUCGACACCCGAUGGCGUUUAAUACUGCUGUGGAGAGCUUAACUACUCAUUACGGCUUGGAAGGAAACGCGGACAUCAUGCUUGCGAGGGCGGACCAGCUGUACACGCAGUGCAGGUUUAAGGACGCGCUUGCGGUGACGGAGCGGGUGCUGGAGGGGGAUCGGUUCAACUUUGGGGUGUACCCGAUCCAUCUGGCGUGCUUGUAUGAGCUGAAGCGGACGAAUGUCUUGUUCCUCAUCGCGCACGAGCUGGCGGAUAGUUACCCAGAGGAACCGGCUUCGUGGCUGGCGGUGGGGAUAUACUACUUUGCGACUGGCAAGAUUGCCGAGGCGAGGAGGUAUUUCAGCAAGGCCAGCAUGAUGGACCCCAACUUUGGGCCGGCCUGGAUCGGGUUUGCGCACACGUUUGCUGCCGAAGGGGAGCACGACCAGGCGGUGACGGCGUACAGCACCGCGGCGAGGCUGUUUACGGGCACGCACCUGCCGCAGGUGUUUUUGGGGAUGCAGAAUCAUGCCAUGAACAACAUGACGGCGGCGGAGGAGUUUUUGAGGACGGGGUAUGGGCUUUGUAGGGAGGAUCCGCUGUUGCUGAACGAGAUGGGCAUUGUGUGUUAUCAUCAGGACCGGGCGAAGGAAGCGGCGGCGUUUUUUAGGGAGGCGUUACGGGUGGCGGAGGAGACGGAGAGUGAGAGUGGGGCUUGGCUGGGGGCGAGGACGAAUUUGGGGCAUGCUUAUAGAAGGCUGAAGAUGUGGGAGGAGGCGUUGGGGGAGUUUGAUGCUGUGCUGAGGGAAGGGGGGAGGGACGCGGGGGUUUUUGCGGCGAAGGGGUUGAUUUACUUGGAUUUGGGACGGGCGGGAGACGCGGUGGAGGUGCUUCACGAGGCUUUGGGGAUUUGGCCUCAGGAUCCGAUUGCUACUGAGCUGCUGGGUAAGGCGUUGGAGAUGAGCAUGGAGGGGGGGUUGGGGUUGGGGGGGGAGGGUGGGUUGGUGGUUCCUGGGGAGGAAGGGGAGGUGGUGGUGGAGGAUGGGAAGGCGGGGGAGGGGAAUGAGGAGAUGGAUAGGUUUGAGGAGGUUGUCGAGCAGAGGAAAAAGGCGGCAAGAGAGAGGGUUGCCGGCAGGGGGCGAAAUGGGGGAUCGCUUGACAAGGGGAAAGGGAUUGCUGGACGGGGGGGCGGCACGAGAACAGGUCUGGCGAGGGGUCAAGGGCCGUGGAAUGCCGGAGACAUGGACAUGAGUGAAGAGGAGUAG